ACUUAACCUAAAAACGUCGUGUUAUGGAGCAGGAAUAUAAAUAAACAUUAAAAGACUUUCUUUUGAAGAAUUUUCAGUUUGCAGACCACUUAUUAUCAUGCAAAAUAAAACAGGAACUCCUUCAAAGUUUCAACCUUUACAACUUCCCCAAAGUCCUGUGGCAAGUUCACCAAAUAAAAAUUUAACUGGCUCACCUAGAGUAGUUAGAGACAUUGCUGCAGAUCUUUACAACACAAUUCAAAGUUGGAACUCCUUUUAUAUCAAUGGUGCCCAGAUUGUCAAACAAAUAGCAAUUUUAAAAGCAGAUAACAUGGAUGUCUAUUCUACAGAAUUGGAAGAAUACACAAAUGCGUUGUACACAUGUGUUCAAGGUUUAAAACAAUGUGAAGAGAAAUUGCAGUUGUGUAAACAUCAAUUGUGUGCUUUACAAAAAGUUGGAAGAAAAUUAGAACCACUUUUUAUAUCACUGAAUAUAAAUGAGAUUGUGGAUUUAGUUGAUAUCAUUGUUAAUUCAUAUGUUGAGGAAUUUAAGGUGAAAGAAAUUGUCUUAGAAAAUAUUGCACAUGCCAAAAACAAGGAUGAAGUGAUGUUUUUUGCAGCCUGCUGGACUCUUCAGCCUAACAUAACUGAUCAGAUUAAUCUUAAAGUAGAGGCACUUCUAGUAGAAACGGGACACAAGAAAGCUAGUUGAAUGUAUUGUAUUUGCUUCCAGAAAUUGCUAAACUUUCAGAAAUAUGCUCAUUAAAUCAUUGAAUGUAUGUUAAAAACAACUGCUCAACUGUUCAAACUCUCUUUUCAAGAGAUUUAAACUAAUCUUUUUAAAUGUUUUUGGUAAUUCUGUUAUCCCUUUGCUCAGAUCAAUCUAUUACCUCUAGAAGCUAAUGUUAAUUUAUCUUUGAAUAGAAUGAAUAAGAUAUCACCAAAAUGCCAUUAACAAAAUACUCUUUUUCUCUCAAUUCUCUCUCAUUUAUUUUUAAAAAUGAAAACUAUAGAGGAUACAGUUAAUAUUCUAGCAAGAGCAGAACCUAUCAUAUGCGGGCAUCCGGCCUUAAUUCAUAUAAACAAGAUACAACUCACUCCAGCUUAACAACAACAUCCAGAUGAGAAGGAACAGAAGUUUUUUGUAUUCAGUGUACAAAAUAUAAACACUCGAAAAGAAGUUAGAAGUCUUAUAAGAUGAAUAUUUUUUUGUAAAAUAUUCCUUUUUAUAAUGUAAAAUUGAUUUUAAUAAAAACUUAUGUUAAGCAGU